AUGUCCAUGUUUAUGUCCCAGGAUAGCCGCGCGGGUUCAGUUGCCAGCCUAGCAGAUGCGGUAAAGCACAGAGAGCACACUCGGAUAUGCCCAUUACAAGUUGCGGUUGUAGUUGAAGCCGAGACGUCUGUCCUUUUGCUUGCGGCUGCCUCGCGCGUGUUCGUGAGGACCCCCGGCACAGAUGUGCUGGCGGACCUGAUGGUCGAAACAGCAAAGCAGAUGCAGGAGCUGCAGAAGUGGCCAACGGCUGCCUCAGAGCAAGGCACGACUUUGCAAGAGAAGCUGAACGCGCUCGGCAUCUAUGACCUGGCACGGCUGAGCAGCGCGCAUCAGUUGAUUUGUGCAGAGAUCCUUGACGACAAGGUCGCGGAGACCAGUGAUCUUUUUUCCAACGUUACUCGGGUGAAGUCGAGGUCCCUACUUCGCAAAACGGCAGCACAGCCACAAGCAUUCUGCGCCCGCCCUGAGACGGAGUAG